AUGAUCUUUGCCGGCGAUCUGCAGCUCAGAGGCGACGAGCGGCGAGGAUGCAGCUCAGUCCAAACCAGGACGAUGAAACAGCACAAGUGGUGUCCGAAGCCAGUGGACUGUCAAGAUUCGGAUGUGCCGGCGACAAGACGAUGCCGACGCUUUCGCAAAACCGACCGAUGUUCUUUGGACCGCUUAAUAACGACGACAGUCGGCGACCUCUUUGCUAGCCUCUGCGCGCUCCACAAAAGUCUACCCUCUAGGCCAGUAUCGCCUCAUCGUCCCCUUUACUGA